AUGAAAACUUUAAAAUGCUCAAGCGACCGUUCAAACUCCCGCCGGGCGAGGACUGACGUCCCCCCUCUUACCACGCUGGUGCUGAAGGCCCAGCCAGCUUGGUCCGCGAAGGGCGCGUGGGGUUGUGUUUUUGGGCCGCCAAGCCGUGUCAGCCCUCCAGGGGCAGGGGGCCCCUGCGUCCGCCAGGGGCCCAUUUCGAACCGGAGUGAAAGCCUCAUGGAGCCAGAGGAGACGGCGGGGAGGCAGCCCAAGAAGGGCAAGAAGAGGAGGCGGGACGGCCAGUCCCGAGCCAAGAAAGCAUGCUUAUCUGCCAUUUUAUAUGGUGAAAAUUGUGAAGUAACUUACAAUCAGCUGUGUGAAUUGCUCAAGUAUUCAGUUCUGGGUAAAUCCCAUGUUCCUAAACCCAGCUGUUGCCAGCUUUUACACCAAAACCACUUGAACAAGGUGGUGGUUUUUAUCCUGAAGGGAAUGAGUCAGCUUCUCUUCUACAGGUUCUAUUUGGCGUUUGGAUUUCUCCGAAAGACAUUCAAACAUAAAUUUCACUUGCCUCCUCCAUCAUUGAAUUUUCUAUCAGACAUCAUUGGGAUGCAAGAUAAAAAAGCAGCUGGAGAUUGGCCCAUGGCUACUCAAGGAACAUUACUUCCUGCCAGUUCAAAAGUCAGUAGUAACCUACAGAAUAACCCUAUUAUUCAGAAAUAUGGUUGUAAGAAAGUGGGCUUGACCAGAUGCCUUCUGACAAAGGAGGAGAUGAAAAUAUUUCACUUUCCAUUACAAGGUUCUCCUAACUGUGAAAACUUUAUACUUACUAAGUGUAAUGGUUCUGUAACAGAUUGUAGUCCCCUCUUUGGACUUGACUGUGAAAUGUGCCUCACAUCCAAAGGGAGAGAACUAACAUGUAUUUCACUGGUUGCUGAAGGAGGGUAUUGUGUUAUGGAUGAACUGGUUAAACCCGAUUACAAGAUUCUGGACUACCUCACCAGUUUUUCAGGAAUCACAAAGAAAAUUCUCCACCCAGUGACGACCAAACUCAAAGAUGUGCAGGCACACUUAAAAGAACUGCUUCCUCCUGAUGCUGUGCUAGUGGGCCACUCCCUAGUUGUGGAUCUCAGAGCACUGAAAAUGAUACACCCAUAUGUUAUUGAUACCUCAGUGCUUUAAGUUGGAAAGCAAGGCAGAAGAUUUAAGCUAAAAUUCUUAGCCAAAGUUAUUUUGGGGAAGGAUAUACAGUGCCCAAAUAUGCUUGGUCAUGAUGCCAUAGAAGAUGCUAGAACAACCCUUGAACUGCCUCAGUAUUUUCUUAAGUAUGGACCAAAGAAGGUUGC